AUGCUCCUUAGAAAAUCCAAACAGUUUAUCAUAGAGGUAAAGCAGCUAACUAAUUAUUUAGACAUGAAGAUCUUCGCAUUGAUACUCGUCGUCUUCGUCAUACUUUCGACAUUGUUACCGGCUCCAAUGGAAGCGGCAGACACCGACGUUGGAGCGGCAUGUGACGCAAGGCAGCUUCAGCCCUGCCUGGCGGCGAUUACUGGAGGAGGACAGCCAUCAGAUGAUUGCUGUGCAAAGCUGAAAGAUCAACAAUCAUGCCUGUGUGGUUUUGCUAAGAACCCUGCGUUUGCCCAAUACAUUAGCUCUCCGAACUCUCGCAAAGUCCUAGCCGCGUGUGGUGUUGCUUAUCCAAGUUGUUAA